UAAAGGCGGGUGCGGGUUACAGCUGACUUCGUUAUCCGCAGCGUCUGUACUUGGUAUGUCUCUCCGCUGUCUGAAGGAUUCUAGUUUUGUGUUCGAUGAUGCUUCAUAUAACGAUCUGGAACUAGUUCACUUUCGUCUUACUGAUUCUGCCUUGAAAGAUAUUGAGCAACUUGCUAGCAAUUCAGGAAACCACAAAUUUAGCAUUACGUUCAGUGGGUCCGAAGGAUCAUUUAUUGUUCCUGUCGGGAAAAGCAGCAGCAGAUUUACAUUCAGUACCUCAAGCUUAACAAGUACUCACGAUGAAUCUUUCAAUUGCUUGCGCACCAAAGGAGUUUCAACUCAUUGUCUGGGAAGGAUGGUCUCCAGGAUCACGGUUAAUGCUAAGGAGGAUAGCUUCUCAGCGGCUAAGGAGCGAAUGACACAAUUAGAAGACGAAAACAAAAAGUCUCAGACAAAAGAGAUUAAAUCUGCUAAAUCCAUGGCUUCAAGAACAGCAGCAUCUCAAUCCACUCACAAGCAAGGCAAUCAGGGUGUGAAUUUGAAGGGAAAGGGAAAUGAAAUUUCACCUCAGAACAUAGAUUUCCCUAACGUAGCCAAUCGAGUUCAGUCACAGAAUCCUGUUGGUUGUGGUCCCAGUCCUCCACUAUCUAAUCCAGACGUUUUGGCACGCUCACUGAGAGAACGCAUUAUUCACAUACUGGCAUUACGGCCUUAUCAGCGCCCCGAAUUAUUAUUACGGUUGUCUCGUGAUGGCCUAUCUCAUACCCAGAAAGACCAAAUAUCCGACAUAUUGUCGUCAGUGGGUCGUGUUGGAAGACAGUCGGCAUAUUACCUUAUACCGUCUGUGGUAUCAGAAUUAGAUGAAAACUGGCCAGGUUAUACUGGUGCUGAGAGAAAACGGAUCAUUUCUUUGAAGACUAGUCAGCAGUCUCAAACUCCUCCCAAAUCUCCCACUGACCGAUCUCGAACCGCUUCUCCUGACAACUCGUCCACCCCCUCUGACGACCAGUUUACUCGACGUCCAACACGAGCAAAUGCUCCUUCGGCACCUCAUGCAUUGAGUAAGAAGAUUGCUGCACUAGAUAUGUUGUGUGCAGGUGUGAGUGAUGUGGAAGUUGCCGCCCGUCUGGGAGUAUUCCGUGGACUGUUGGAUCAGUGGCGAGCCAAUGAAUCAGAACUUCGAGAGAAAUUUCGUCGACUCAAUGCAAACACAAAUUCAGCACCCUCAACUCAGAUCUCCAGUUUUAAUCAACAUUCCCAGGUGUAUGAUAAGUCUGUCGGUGUUCGUCACCAAAAUCCUACUAUGUCUACUGCAAAUGAUGUUGUUGGCAGUCAACGUUCUACUUCAACAAAUCCUGGAAAUACAAUUUCUCCCCAUAAACGUGCUAAAUUAGAUGUGCCUAAUACACCCUCUAGUUCUGCUGACCAACAAAUAGACUUAACAUAUUCUACCUCUGAUAAAACUGUUUCAAGAUCAUCCAUUAUGCAUUCAUUUCCAAAUCAAAACAAUGAUGAUCAUAAUAAUCAAACUAAUACUAUUUCUCCUCCACUUCACGAUAAUCCUCACACACUUGAUACGUAUAGUCGUUCAAAUCAACCUUGUACAUAUAAUAUAGCCGGUGGGAGUGAGGGAGAAAGUGCCGAACACACUCCAUUCUCCAAUUCAAGUACUGGUAGCAGUGGUUAUGGUGGUUCAAACAACGGCUUAACUGCCUCUAGUGGAGUAGUAAACAGUAGUAUUAAUAUUGACAAUCGCCGUGAAGGAUUAAUAGGAUCUACAUCUCGAUGCCAUUUGACAAUGUCUGUUCAUUCUGAAUGCUUGUCUAGUCGCUUAAAAGCUGAAGAUCAAUUGUCUAAUGGUAAUACAACAAAUACACCAGCAUAUGGUAUAACUGAACAAGCUUUGUCUCAAAGUAUUGUCGGAACAGAUGGUUUUCAUGUAGUCGAUUUGAGCAGUAAAUUGGCUGAAAUCGACCGGCUUUAUCCAGAAAUCUCAACAUCAGAACAAGCUUCAAUGUAUUUAGCUGAAUUUGAAUGUACCUAUCCAACUUAUCUUCGAAUGUAUCAUUCAUUCUCAGAUAUUUGGAAAACUGUCAGUAAUCUACGAAGUCAAUUAUUAGAAGCCACUAGAACUGAAGGUUUUGAUAGUGCUACUACAACCCAUUUAGCAAAUCAAUUAGAUAAAUUUAUACGUCGUUCUCGUUCACAAAAAUAUCGUGAUGAUGAAAUUCAAUUAACAUUGAUGGUACAUAAAUUACGAUUGUUAAAACAAAGGCUUGCUGUAUCACAACACAACAAUAAUGGUGGUCGUCAUCGUGAUCGCAUUCUACCUGUUACUACUAGUGAUGAUGUAACAGGUGAUAAAAUUGAUCGUCUUCCUAGGAAUAAUAAUAAUAAUAAUAAUAAUAAUAAUAAUAAUAAUAAUAAUAAUAAUAAUAUAAAAUCUAUUUCAAUGAAAUCAUCAUCUAGUAAAGUAUCUUCAAUGUCUAAGAACAAUAUUGCUCAAUCAUCUAAUAAUAAUGAAAAUAAAAAUAGUAGUCGUCUUAUUAAUAAUUGUUAUCGUCAAUUACUAACUGAUUCAAACGAUUAUUCAAGUCUACUCCCAUGUAAUCAAGUUUGAAAGACUACGACUAAAUAAGAAGGAAUAAUACAGCUACAGAUUUUUUUCUUCCUUAUCAUUUUACACCUAUUAACAGUGGUAAAACUUAAUUCUCUCAAAGAUUAUGUAGUGUAUUUGACUCUCUCUCUCCCUCCUCCUUCUCCCCUCUCUCGUUGUCUUUCGGUUAAAUAAGUGUCUCAAUUGUCUUGCCAAUCUUUUAUAUCAGUAGUUGUUUCGUGCCGGCUAUUUCACACUUCUUAUUACUUUUUUUUUUAAAAAAAUGUUGUCAUGAUUGCAUUCAUGAUGUCUGUGGUAUUAACCUAGAGAGUAGUUAGUUGAAUGAUCAUAAAUCCCCUGUAUACAAUAAAUGGAGCAUACACAACAUUGUUCAUUUUGACUGAUAUAUGUAAGAUUUGUUUGUCUCUUUUCUUUGUGUGUGUGUGUUUAUGUUUUGUUUGAUUUUGUCUUUCGUUUUCUCAAUUUAUUUUUUUAAAUUUACAAUAAUCUGUGUUAUGACUGGUGUCCGGAUAUAUACAUAUAUAUGGGGUAUCCUGUCGAACUUAUAUUAACUACUAGUUGUCCAAUAUCUUUCUUCUGCUUUCUUUUUUUUCAAUUACCCUGUGUCUAUUAUCCCUUGUGUUUAGUUACUGACGUAUCCUAUACACAGUUUUCUUUUUACAGUGAAUUAAUGAAACAGAAUACUUAAAAAGAUAAGUCACAUUAUAUUUACACACAAAAAAAAAAUCAAUCAGGAAAGCAUUCCUUCAAUUAAUCUUUGGUACCAAUUUCUCUCUCUCUCUCACUAUAUAUAUAUAUAUAUAUAUAUAUAUAUAUAUAUAUAUAUAUAUAUUGGUGUAUGAAAUAAUGGUGUUGGUGUUGUGACCCAAUUACUGUGACCUUAUUAUAAGUCGAUGUUAUUUUCCAAUUAACAAAACUAUUUGUGAAUAAUCUAUUGUUACUAUGAUCACUAAAUAAGCAUUUCCUAUUCUAAUCUACUCGGAAACAAAACUGAUUUUGAAUAAGUCUAUAAACUCUACUAAUUGACAUAUAUAUUUCAUAUUUUAAAAAAAAAAUGUAGUGAGGCAUUUAUUACCUUACAUUUCAUAAAUAAAUUAAUUAAAAAUUUCUUUUGUCCAUGGUCUUACUAAUAAAAUGUAUUAAGAUGCCUAAUUCUAUAUAUAUAUACAUGAAUUAUAUGUAUAAGAUGCCAAGAUGUAUCUGUAUUAUUUCUUUUCUCUUUUGUUGUUACGGUUGUUGUUGUUGUUGUUAUUAUUAUUAUUGAAAGAUUAGUGAAUUACUUAGUCAGUUUUUUUUUCUCCCAGUUCACCUCUAUAAUAUGUUCGUUGAAAUUAUCGACAUUCAGUAUGUUAUACAGAUAGAUUUAUCCGCUCUGUGACAGUGUGUACACAUGUUUAUUUAUCAUGUAUGUUAUUUUAGAUCUCUAUUUUUCUCUAUUCUAGACUUUAAAUUCCCGUGAUUAUUACAACUGUUUUGCAUUCCAUUAUUAAGCAAUUACAUAUGAAUAGUUGAUUGUAAUUAUGCUUCCCUUGCCCGCCUCCACCGAGUCUUCCUUCCUUCAUAAUGUUCAUAUGUUUGUGUAUGUACAAGAGAGAUAGAGAGAGAGAAGAGAUUUAGUCUUUUUAACAUGUUCUUGUAGUUAUGGUUUAUUGAUCUUCGAUAUUAUUAUUAUUAUUAUUAUUAUCGCUUUUAAUUCAUUUGUCCGGUGACUUGAAGUUUGCUAUCUCUUCACAUUUUCGCGACUACAAAUUCUCAUAAUGAUGUAUGUAUUUACCAAUAACAUUAUUGUUCAUAAUGUCGAAUGGAGUUUAUUUCACUUUUUAUCCUAUUGAUAGUUGGCUUAUGCUGUCUCUCUCUCUCUCUCUCUCUCUCUCUCUGGUAUUCUUCAAUUUCAGUAAGCAUUUCAUCUAAACAGAGUUAAAAAUCUAUUUGUUCACUUAUGAUAAUUGUUGUAUUAUGUCUGUUAAUUCUUUUUCUGUCACUUUUCCUUUCCCUAACAAACGUAUUCUCUUCUUUAUUCCUCAUCUGUUUGUAUUAUUUCAACGCUACGACUACUUCCGUUCACAUGUGUGUGUGUGUGUGUAUUUCCUAUGAAAGUUAAUAACUAUUGUAAUUUGUUGUGAUGUAAUUAAUCGGUCUUUCAUAGCGCAUUAUACUUAUUAUGUUAAUAAUGCAACAGUUAAAAUCUACUUAAUCAGAAUUUACGAAGACAGUCCAAAACGUUCACAAGCCCAGAACAAAUUACUUGUCAGCUGACUAUCGACUUUCCCAUCGAAUCGUCAAAGAGUGGAAUUCACUACCUCAGCACGCGGUUGAGGCUCCGUCCGUCGACUCUUUCAAAAGAAAGUUGGAUCAACUGAGAGACCACCAUUUCCAGGACUAACACAGGCCAUCAAGCUUCCUGUCCUUUCCAAACUGAAACUGAUAUCCAACAUAAAACGUGACACAUAUGCGUCAGCUCGAAUUGUCAUAACAGCGGGAUGAAAGCAUCAAGACAAAUCACAGAGUAGUGGAAGUGGCAGCAAUAUUGGGAGUAGUAGACAAUAAUGAGUGUAGAAAAAGGAAGUUAUAAGAUUUUAGUGUUCAGAAACUAAGGAAGGACGAAGAAUGAAUACAUCUGCACCACUACUUAUAACUCAAUAUUUAUCGCUUUUUACAGAAAAACAAAGCAAAUAAAACAAUUUUUCGUCAUUUAUGCACUCGUCAGCACGUGCAUAUAAUCAAGGAGCUUCUUUACAGUUAUUACUUUGAUAUGCCUCAGAUCGUAAUGAAGUUUUAUUAAAGAAGUUAAAAGAUUUUAUUAUUAAUAAUGAAACAACCUUUCCUAACCUUUAUCCAGUUAAUGGGUUUUUACUGUUAUCUUUAUGUUCGAUUCAGAAAAUAUCCUCUCUAGUUUAUAAAUAUUCGUUCUUUUUCAGGACUUGACUUAUUUUUAUUUACUGGAUUUAUAUAAUCGGAUUAGAGCAUACAAUUGUCAAUUAUCAUUUAUGCAUAAAAUUGUGUCAUUUAUACUUUUCAUAUUUUCUUAAUUGUCCUAAACUUAUAUUGCCCCAG